GUUCAGAGCAGUAGCGGCACAGCAGCAGCAGCGCUCGAGUCACUAGGAGCCGUGGCGGCAGAAGCAGCAGCAGCACUAUCAGUCACAGCAGAGGCAGCAGCGGCAGCAGCAGCAACAAACUCUCUCCUGUCUUUUUCUCUUCUUUCUGGAGUUGUUUCCUGCUCAGAGGACAAAAGCCAAGGAAGUAGGAGGGAAGUGAUCCAGGGCUGAUAGCUGCCAUCAAAAACAAAACCAAAACGCAGACCUGGCUGCCCCCAUGCCUAUCGAAUUUGUUUGCAAAAUCAAAUUUGCAGAGGAGGAUGAGAAGCAGAAAAGCAAACAGGAUGGGGACAAGGAGAGCCUGAUCGAGGAGAGCUGCACACCUCCGGCUAAGGACUUGGCUGGGUUUGCUAACUCCUGCUCUCUUCAUGGGAUUAACCACAUCUUUGUCUCUGGUCGCCUGGGCAUCCGGCAGACUCUCUGGGCUCUUGCCUUUUUGACUUCACUGGCGCUGUUUCUAUACCAAGCAGCUAAGUGUGCCAUCUCUUACCUGGAGCACCCUCAUGUCACGGCUCUGAAUGAGGAGGCGACCCCAGAGAUGGUUUUCCCCGCUGUGACCAUCUGCAACAUCAACCGCUUUCGCUUCUCCGCGCUCACCGAUGCCGACAUCUACCACCUGGCUAACUUGACAGGUCUGCCCCCCAAAAACAAGGAUGGGCACAAACCCACUGAUUUAAUGUAUCCUGCCCCUGACAUGCAGGACAUCUUCAACAGGACAGGACAUCAAUUAGAAGAGAUGCUCAUGAGCUGCAAUUUCAGUGGACAGAACUGUUCAGUCGAGGACUUCUCUGUGGUGUACACCAGAUAUGGGAAAUGCUACACUUUUAAUGGCAACAAGACGACAUCCAGGAAAAGCAAGCAGGGUGGAAUGGGAAACGGGCUGGAGAUCAUGUUGGAUAUCCAGCAGGAUGAGUAUCUGCCCAUCUGGAGAGAGACAAAUGAGACAUCCCUGGAGGCCGGCAUCCGAGUUCAGAUCCACAGUCAGGACGAGCCUCCCUACAUCCACCAGCUGGGCUUCGGCGUCUCUCCGGGCUUCCAGACCUUUGUUUCAUGUCAGGAGCAGAGGCUGACCUACCUGCCCCAGCCCUGGGGGAACUGCCGUUCCACCAGCAAAGAGAAGUUCCCAGGAUACGACACAUACAGCAUCAGUGCCUGCCGUCUGCUCUGUGAGACCAACGAAGUCCUGAGAGUGUGCGGCUGCAGGAUGGUGCACAUGCCCGGAACUGCAGAUAUCUGCCCUCCCAGUAAAAUCAACUGUGUUGACAAAGCACUCGCACAGCUACAGAAGAACAGUGGGGAUACCUGUCCAUGCGAGACACCCUGUAAUCUCACCCGCUACGGUAAAGAGCUCUCCAUGGUCAAAAUCCCCAGCAAGGGCUCUGCUCGCUAUCUCUCCAGGAAAUACGACAAGUCAGAGGACUACAUCAGAGACAACUUCCUGGUCUUGGAUAUCUUCUUUGAAGCUCUGAACUUUGAGACGAUUGAGCAAAAGAAAGCCUACGAUGUUGCAGGUUUAUUAGGUGACAUUGGCGGACAGAUGGGCUUAUUCAUCGGAGCCAGCAUCCUGACAGUCUUAGAAAUACUGGAUUACAUCUAUGAGGUGAUCAAGCACCGGCUACAACGUCUGCUGAGGCCGCAGAAAGAGAAGAAGAACAAGCAGCAGACCAGCACUGUUGCAACAGUGGGUCUAGAGGAAAUGAAAGCAAAGGAGCCCAAUGACAUGACACGGAGUCACCCAGAGGGGGCGUACGCCAAUACGAUCCUCCCCAACCACCACCAUCCCCACCCACACCCACACCCACACCCCCACCCCCACCACCAUCACGCCGGGCACCACGGGGUGUUUGAGGACUUCGCUUGCUAGAGCCAACCAUCGUUUCCAGUCCUGGUGACACCAAAAGAUAAAAGCCGUCUGUGUUCAGAUCAGUAACAGACUCUUGGCAUUUCCGUCGCUCCUUUGCUGUCACCAGUGAAAAGCUACAGCCAAAGUCGAACACCAAACUUGUGCUGCUAACAAAGCACUUGUACGUACAGUAUGUAGGCACAAAUUGGACACCGCUUUUAUUUAUUAUGAUUUCUUUUUUCCUCUCCGGAUGGGACCCCUCUCAACUUUGUCAAGCUUCACCUGAGAAGUCAGGCACUUUGUUUUUUCAGGACCAAUUUUUGGUACAUGAUCACUACGACGGAACAAGAGGAGGACUGCAUGUCACCUUGAUCCAGUUUAUACUCCAGUGAUUUAUUUAUUCAGCUAGCAUCCUUGACUUUUUUUCUGUCUGUACCCCUCCAUUUCUCUCCUCCUACUUCAUGGAAGACACACUGUACCAUAUCAAGCCAUUACACAUUCUAAAUUAUGUAAUUAUUUAAAGAGAUACUAUUAUCUAUAUGUUCUAUAUUGUAUACAAGAUGAGAAUACUUACAGUGAGCAGAUCUUACUCGUGUUACAACCAUCCAUAACAUGAGGGAAUUACAUAGGCUGAACUGUAUGACCUUGGCUUAGAAGAUCUAGCAGCAUCUUUCCACAUGAUACACUUUGUCUGGUUUGUGGUUAAGGUGUUAGAGAGUAGCAUUGUACCUGUACAUA